AUGAGCAACGAGAUUAAGGACCGCGGCUUCCAGUCCCCAGAAUUUGCUCCAGCCGCCCCCGUGCACAAACUCAUUAAAGGAGUCAUAAAGGAUGACGACUCCAUGUUCUUUCAGUUCGGCCCCUCCAUCGAGCAGCAGGCCUCGGUCAUGCUAAACAUCAUGGAGGAGUACGACUGGUACAUCUUCUCCAUCGUCACCACGUACUACCCGGGUUACCAGGACUUUGUCACCAAGAUCCGUAGCACCAUCGAGAACAGCUUCGUGGGCUGGGAGCUGGAGGAAGUUCUACUGCUCGACAUGUCCGUAGACGACGGAGAUUCGAAGAUCCAAAACCAGCUGAAGAAGCUGCAGAGCCCCGUCAUUCUUCUCUACUGCACAAAAGAAGAAGCCAACACCAUCUUCGAGGUGGCCCACUCUGUUGGGAUCACGGGCUACGGCUACACGUGGAUAGUGCCCUCGCUGGUAGCUGGAGACACUAUUGUAGUGCCUGCAGAGUUCCCCACAGGCCUGCUCUCUGUGUCCUAUGACGAGUGGGACUACAACCUGGAGGCCCGCGUUCGCGAUGGCGUGGCCAUCAUCACUAUGGCAACCUCCACCAUGAUGAUGGACCGCGGACCUCACACUUUGCUGAAGUCUGAGUGCCACGGAGCUCCGGACAAGAAGACCCCCAUCUCAGGCAACCCCAACGAAGUGCUCAGGUACCUGAUGAAUGUGACUUUCGAGGGUCGAAAUCUGUCGUUCAGCGAGGACGGAUACCAGAUGCACCCCCAGCUGGUCAUCAUUCUGCUCAACAAGGAGAGACAGUGGGAGAGGGUGGGUAAAUGGGAGAAUGGUUCCCUGUCCAUGAAGUACCACGUGUGGCCUCGCUAUGAACUAUAUGGGGGGGCAGCGAACAGGGAGGACGACCACCUGUCCAUCGUGACGUUGGAAGAGGCUCCGUUCGUCAUCGUGGAAGACGUGGAUCCGCUCAGCGGGACGUGCAUGAGGAACACUGUACCCUGCCGGAAACAGAUCAAAAUCCUCAAUCAGACGAAGGAUUCGGGGAUCUACAUAAAGCGCUGCUGUAAGGGAUUCUGCAUCGACAUCCUGAAGAAGAUCGCCAAGCAGGUGAAGUUCACCUACGACCUUUACCUGGUCACUAACGGCAAACACGGCAAGAAGAUCAACGGGACAUGGAACGGCAUGGUGGGAGAGGUGGUGUUGAAAAAUGCCCACAUGGCCGUCGGCUCCUUGACCAUCAACGAGGAGAGGUCGGAGGUCAUCGACUUCUCCGUCCCCUUCAUCGAGACGGGUAUCAGCGUCAUGGUGUCCCGUAGCAACGGCACCGUUUCACCCUCGGCCUUCUUAGAGCCCUUCAGUGCGGAUGUGUGGGUGAUGAUGUUCGUGAUGCUGUUGCUGGUGUCAGCAAUGGCUGUGUUUAUAUUCGAGUACUUCAGCCCUGUGGGCUACAACCGCUGUCUGGCUGACGGCAGAGAGCCUCACGGCCCAUCCUUCACCAUCGGUAAGGCCAUCUGGCUGCUGUGGGGUCUGGUCUUUAACAACUCCGUGCCGGUGCAGAACCCCAAAGGCACCACCAGUAAGAUCAUGGUGUCCGUGUGGGCCUUCUUUGCUGUCAUCUUUCUGGCCUCCUACACUGCCAACCUGGCUGCUUUCAUGAUCCAGGAGGAAUAUGUGGACCAGGUAACUGGUCUCUCCGACAAAAAGUUCCAGAGUCCCAACGACUUCUCGCCUCCGUUUCGGUUCGGCACGGUCCCAAACGGGAGUACGGAGAGAAACAUUAGGAACAACUAUCCAGAAAUGCACGCCUACAUGACAAAGUUUCAUCAGAGAAACGUCAACGAGGCCCUGGCCUCUCUCAAGGCCGGCAAACUAGAUGCUUUCAUUUACGACGCGGCCGUGCUGAACUACAUGGCCGGCAGGGACGAGGGCUGCAAGCUGGUGACCAUUGGCAGCGGCUACAUCUUUGCCACCACGGGGUACGGCAUCGCCAUCCAGAAGGAGUCGCUCUGGAAGAGACAUGUGGACCUGGCCAUCCUGCAGCUCUUCGGAGACGGUGAGAUGGAGGAGCUGGAGUCCCUGUGGCUGACGGGGAUCUGCCACCACGAGAAGAACGAGGUGAUGUCCAGCCAGCUGGACGUGGACAACAUGGCCGGCGUCUUCUACAUGCUCGGCGCCGCCAUGGCUCUGUCGCUCAUCACCUUCGUCUGCGAGCACUGGUUCUACUGGCAGCUGCGCUUCUGCUUCAUGGGCAUCUGCUCCGGCCAGCCCGGCUUCGUCUUCUCCAUCAGCAGGGGCAUCUACAGCUGUAUCCACGGUGUGCAGAUUGAGGAGAAGAGCAGCUCGGCAUUGAACUCCCCAUCAGCCACCAUGAACAACACGCAUUCCAACAUUAUGCGCCUCCUACGCACCGCCAAGAACAUGGCCUCCCUGUCGGGGGUGAACGGCUCACCCCACAGCGCUCUGGACUUUAUCCGCCGGGAAUCCUCUGUUUAUGACAUCUCUGAACACCGGCGCAGCUUGGCGGGCCACUCCGACUGCAAGCCACCUUACAUCCCGGAAGACAACAUGUUCAGCGACUACAUCAGUGAGGUGGAGAGGACGUUUGGCAACCUCCACCUGAAGGACAGUAAUCUGUACCAGGACCACUACCUGCACCACCAUGGCUCAACACUGGGGCUCAGCGGACCGGCUCCCAACAGGCCCCACAGUCUGGGCAGUGCUAGUUCUCUGGAGGGGGGCAUGUUCGACUGUGACAGCCUCGGCGGAGGGAUGGCCCCUAUUUUCACCACCCAGCCAUGCUCAGCACUGACCCACAGGAACAUGAGCAAGUUUGACCUGCUGUCUGGACAGACUCCCCCCUCGAGCCAGAGCUUUAAGGGAGGCCUGCCGGACCUGUACGGGAAGUUCUCCUUCAAGGGAGGCGCCUCAAGUUCCACGUUUAUCCCUGGGCACGGCUACUGUGGAGGCAGAGGAGAUGACGAUGGGAAUAUACGCUCGGAUGUCUCGGACAUUUCCACGCACACGGUAACUUAUGGGAACCUGGAGGGUAAUGCCAAGAAGCGCAAACAGUACCGCGAUAGCCUGAAAAAGAGGCCGGCCUCUGCCAAGUCCAGACGGGAGCUGGACGAGAUCGAGCUGGGCUACAGGAGGAAACCCUACCACAUCAGCCACCACCAUUACCACGGCCACCGCUCUACCUCCCCACCGCUUUUGCCCGCUGAACGGAAGAGAGGAGGAGGAGGAGGAGGUGGAGGAGGUAACAAUGACGGGAACUCCUAUCUCUUCAGAGAAAAGGAGAGCGUUAGGGAUUUUUAUUUGGACCAGUUUCGGCCCAAAGAGGGCGUCCCUCAGUGGGAACAUGUGGACCUGACGGAGGGCACUGGGAGUAGAGAUGGAGGAGUGCCGACCUGCACCACCCUGGUUCCAGUGGAUGACUUUCUUAAGGGCAAACCCAAAAAGUCAGAUUCAAAGAGUGGGGGAGGAUCUGGGCUGGCAGGGGGAGAGUGGGAGUGCAGGAACUGUCGGGCUAGCGGGGGAGGAGUGGGCAAGCAGAUGUCCAUGCAUGGAGGAGGGGGUGGUGGUGUUGGGUACGGUGGUGGUAUGAGCUGCGGGUCCUCUGGAGGCGGAGGAAACAGCCGCCCCAGCUCUGCGACCUGCAUGCGCUGCGAGGGCUGUAAAAAGACAGGAAACCUCUACGAUAUCAGCGAGGACAACAACCACCUCUUGGAACAGAUGGGGGGAGGGAAAGGCGGGGGAGGAGGAGGAGGUGGAGGAGGAGGCGGCAUGGGCGCAGGCCCUCAGUCUCAACCUCAGGGCCAGCAGAGGAGAAAGAGUGGAGGAUUGGGCAAACAACUGAGGCGGCAGCACUCGUAUGACGCGUUUGUGGACCUUCAGAAAGAGGAGUCAGGUGGGAUGGGAAGUCUGAUGGGCCUAGGGGGCGUUGGAGGGAUGAGCGGCGCGGGUAUGGGAGGGAUGCUGCCCCCACCCAGGAGUGUUAGCUUGAAGGAGAAAGAACGCUACAUGGAGGGCUCCAGCCCCUUCGCAAACAUAUUUGAGCGUCACGGGGGCUCGGAGAGAGAAAGGGAAAGAGACCGGGACCCAUUGUUUUACGCGGGUGAGGGCCGGAAAAGACCCGGCUCGCCAUUCGGCCUGUUCAGAGGCGGCGAGGGCCUCCACCGCCGCUCCAUCGGAGAGAGAGACAUGCGAGACCGGGACAGGUCUUUGAUGGAAGGAGGAGGUGGGGGAGGGUUCUCUUUAUCCAAAUCUCUUUACCCAGACAGGGUAAACCAAAACCCCUUUAUACCCACCUUUGGGGACGACCAGUGUCUGAUGCACGGAGCCAAACAAUAUUACAUGAAAAAGCAGCAGCAGCAGCAGCAGCAGCAGCAGCAACAAGUUGCCAAAAGCAGCCGAAGUGACUUCAGGAGCCAGAUGAGCACGACGUCAUACCUGCCGGCGUCCGCCACGGCCGGGGUGAUGUCCAACGUGACCCCCCGAUUCCCGAAAGAGCUCAGCCACGGUGGAAUGAACCACCACGGCUCCAUGCUGGGGGUUGGCCCCCCGCGCCCCUUCAACGGAAGCAAUGGCCAUGUGUACGAGAAACUCUCCAGCAUUGAGUCUGACGUGUGAGA